AUGCACUUUGAAACAUCACCAGGCUCGUCGCCAUCCAAAUCAAUCCCCAUCAGCAUCUCACCAAGAAACAUGGCCUCGCCCACCGGAUCUCUCUACAGCAACUACUCCAUGGAGUCCAAUUCUCGCCGCGGCUCUUCCUGUGCCUAUCCUUCCUGGCCUACUGGUCCUUCUCUGGAAUACCGCAACCCAUCAUCGUAUAUCAGCGACGAGGACCUCUUCGGCGAAGAUUUCGAGGACGAGUACUGCCCCAUUCUGAAGAAGGCACCAGCACCACCGCGAGCUCCUCCCAUGGCGCAGGCCUUUCCAGUGCUGCCUCCUCUCUACGCUCAGAAGAAACCCAAGACUCAGUGCAGGCGCAGCAGCGGCAAGCAGCGGCGCACUUCCCAGCCGAUGACUCCUAUCAGCGAGUCGCCUGAACAGCAAGAGUGA